CACAGGUUUUUAGUUCCACUUUGGAGUUGACGACGUGCGUUACAAACUUGGCUAACAGCUGAAAGCGAACAGAAGUUUUUCGAACGACGAACCAACGAAAGCGACGGAAAUGAAGUUGGCUAAGAAGUGCUCCACCUACUUGGUGAUAUGCCUGGUUCUGCUGGCUUGCUUCUUGCAGGAAUCGGAGGCCACGCGCCGUGUGAACCGCGGUCGUCGCACCCUCACCCGCAGAUACUUCACUGGCCUUGCCAUCCCCGGCUGGGCGCUGAUCGUGUGCGUUGCCCUGACUGAGCUGCUCGUUGGCGGAGCCCUCUACUUCGUCCUGAAGAAGGUGAUCCUGGACAAGGAGCCCGAAGAUACGGCCACCUCGUAUACUCCCGCCCAGGGACAUACCACGGCACCCACCUACACUCCCGCCCAGACCCAUGAGACGGGAGCCACCACCUACACGCCCGCCCAAAACCAUGAGACGGCCAAUGUGACUCCCACGCCCACACAUGCCACUGCAAUCGCUUAGGAAGGAGUAGUAUUCCAGCUAAAGAGUUCAAAUCAGUUUAAAUUCCGCCAUAAACUAGCGUUAUGGCCAUUUAUUCAACACCCACAGAACACAUGUGCCCUUUGUUUGCCUUCGAUUUCGAAUAAAAUCAUUUGUCACUUGGCUGGCGCCAAACUAGUUCAUA